GGGCGCAAGACAAAUAGGGGAUGUCACAAUAAUGGAGUGGCGGCAGAAGAGGUCGGUUUCUGUCCAUUGGAUGUACAUUCUGUCUUCACGGGCUGUGCGCCGAUAUCUCCAGUAGCCUAGCUCACCUAGCUCAAGAAGCCCUCCACGGAUGCCGCAAAUGCUACACGCAAACCGGGGAUCCACCACUGGCACUAGGCAACGGCUGAUCAAUUCUGGUGGGCUUGAAUGAGAAUACUAAAGGACAUAUUUUGAAGGUAGCAUUGGUUGAGGAGAUUACAAAACCAUUGACCGUUUUACUGUGAAAUAUCAUAUUUUGGACUUUUUCAAUAAAGGACGAUGUUAGGGAUUAUAAAUGAUACAUUAAAAGUGUAUCUAUUCAUGUCUCUUUUCAACAAUGUGUAGCCUUGUAUGUUCGCAAGUUGAAUGUACAAUGUUUUGGUAUCUGAAAAUAAAGGCUAGUCAAUAAUAAUAACAACAACACUAAUAAUAAUAAGUCAACGUCUUUGCUUUGUAAUGGAUUUAUUCUGAAUAGCUACAUUGCUACCAAAUUACAAACUCACCUUUGGCAACUGGUGGAAACAACCGGAGACGAGCAAAAACUGAGUGCAAAAACUGUGAGUGAGUCAUUUAAAGAAACAAAAGAAACAGUGUGGAAAACAUGUUGCCUUCACAGGAAGCGGCCAAGAUUUACCAUGACAACUACAUGCGGAACUCUCGCGCCAUCGGAGUACUCUGGGCGAUAUUGACCAUAUGUUUUGCCAUCAUCAACGUGGUUGUCUUCAUUCAGCCCUACUGGAUCGGGGACAGCGUGAGCACACCGCAGGUGGGUUACUUAGGUUUGUUUCACCAGUGCGUUGGGAGUGGACCGCCCAACCGAGAGCUCGACUGCACGGGCAGCUUCACUGAGUUCAGCUCCAUCCCCUCCGGUGCCUUCAAAGCGGCCUCGUUCUUCGUACUGCUGUCCAUGAUUCUGGUUCUUGGCUGCAUCGCCUGCAUGGCGCUCUUCUUUUUCUGCAACACCGCCAGCGUCUACAAAACCUGUGCCUGGAUGCAGCUCCUAUGUGCUGUAUGCCUGGUUUUGGGCUGUAUAAUCUUUCCGGACGGCUGGGAUGCGGAGGUGGUGCGGGACCUGUGUGGGGAGGAGACGGGGAAGUAUACCCUGGGUAAAUGCUCUGUCCGCUGGGCUUACAUGCUGGCUAUUAUGGGCAUCCUGGACGCCCUGAUCCUCUCCUUCCUGGCUUUCGUUCUGGGGAACAGACAAAAUGACAUGUUCCUGGACGAACUCAAGGCUGACAACAGUAAAGAUUUCGCUGUGUCCAGGGUAAGUGACUUUGUAAGUGAGCAGUUAACAGUGUCAUGGCUUUGUGCACCUUGGUCUGUGUUCGUUGUGUAGGGCUGAUGUGUAGUGUUGUUGAGGCAUCCAUGGCAGUGUUUGUCUCUAUGGAUCAGUGUGUUAGUCCCGUUACUCCCGUCUUGUACAAUAUAUGUUUGUCAGAAUAAGCUCCAUGCACUGUCUUGUUGUUUAUUGUAAAAUGUUUCUAUGUAAUGUGUAUUAUUUCAAUAUCCUUACAUGAUGUGCUGCUG